AGAUCCCAAUCUCUCUCCUCCCCCAACCCUAAUUAAUUCUCUCUCUCUCUCUCCGCCAUUAUUAGGACGGAUUUCUCUUCUCUCAGAUUCUACAUUUCACCAAUAUAUGUCUCCUCGAUUUCAUGCGUUUUUUUAAAAUAUACGUACAAGAGAUUAGGAGGCAGGCCUGUAUGUACAGCUCGGAUCUCCAGGUAGGGGAACGUCUCCAAGCUCAUCGCUGACUUGUUAUUUUGAUCCGCAUUCGAAUUUGGAUCCGAUUUGUUCUAGGGAUUCGAAUGAUGAUUUCGGAUCCGAGUCUGGUCCGCUACGCCUGCGUUGCCCAGCACGCCACCGUCCUCGCCGAGUUCAACUCCGAGGACGCCGAUCUCGGAUCUCUGGCGAUCAGGUGUCUCGAGAAAACGCCGCCGUUUCACUCAAUGUACACGCACACCGUCCGCGGACGCUCCUACGCCUUCCUGAUCGAGAAUCCGUACGUCUACUUCGCGAUCUUCGAGGAGAAGAUGGAGAAACAUGACGGCCUGGCGUUCCUCAGGGGCGUCAAGGAGGAGUUUGACCUCUUCGUGGCAGAGGUGAGUUCCGCGAAGAAGCGUCUUGAACAGGCGGGCUCGCAUUGCUUCCAGGGGGAAUUCAAUCCGGUGUUCCACCGGUUGCUCGCUUCUUCAAUGUCGGAGACCGAGGAGCCUCCCCGUUCGCCGAGGAAGAUGAGCCACGAGAGCACCGGGAGCAUGGACUCUCUGUCCUGCGGGUGCAAUAUGGGGACAACACCGUUGUUCAACGAGGCUUCAAACAACUUGAAGAAGAAGAAUAAGAAGAAGAGGCUAUUGGGGGAGAGCGACGACACAGCGGGGCUGAGCAGGGACUUCUCUGUGUCAAUGCACAAGAACAGCGCCGCGUAUUCCGGCGAGUUGGGACACCAGAGGGCGAAGAGAGUUUGGAAGAGGCAAGUUUGGGUGGUUCUCGCCCUCGACCUUAUCGUCUGCACCAUGUUGUUCAUUGUCUGGCUUUGGGUUUGCAGGGGGUUCAAAUGCAUUGAUGGCUGAGCUGAGUCUUUGAUUACAACAACCCUUUUUUUUCUCAUCUUGCAUUGAUUGAACAUGUUCUUUUGUUAUUUUUAUCAAUGCCAAGUUGUGUUUGCUGAUCAAUGGUGAUGGAACACCCACAUACAAAACCCUUUUUUUCUUAUAUGAUGCUGUAGUAAUCUGUAUGCUCAUAUAAAUGGAUUUCUGUAUAAUAUUCUGUAUAUGGAAGACUAAAAAUAUGUAUUUCAA